AUGAAUAAUAACAUACCUGAGAAUGAAAACCCUGUUCUCUACAACUCAAAUGAAGAGGAAAGAUAUAUAUUCUUAAACGAACAGACAAUAAAAGAGAGCUUAUACAAUGUAAGCGAUUUAUGUGAUUUAAAUUAUGAAGAAGAUAAAAUAAACGUAGAUGAUAUUUUUGAUUUGUUAAGAGAUAUAAAAGACCCUGAAUAUUCUUAUACAUUAGAAAAUUUGAAAAUAAUUGAAAAGAAAAAUAUUUAUAUAAAUCUUGAAGAAAAAAUGAUUACUGUGUAUUUUACUCCAACAAUACCAAAUUGUUCACUAGCUACACUCAUUGGUUUAAUGAUAAGCAUAAAAUUACAAUAUUCUCUAUCGAAUAAUUUCAAAACAAAUAUUUACAUAUACCCAGGUUCUCACAAUUCGGAGCACUCCAUAAAUAAACAACUAAAUGACAAAGAGAGAAUAGCAGCGGCAAUAGAAAAUUCGCACUUAUUUAAUGUUAUAAAGAAUAGCAUUACAUACAAUUACCCAGUCAUUAAUUUUUGA